UGAAAACGCCUGGCGAGAGGGUGAGCGGCUGCUACAAUGUCGGCGAUGCAGGAGCUGUCCGAGCUGUACGAGGAGAGCAAUGACCUGCAGAUGGAUGUGAUGCCUGGCGAGGGUGACCUGCCGCAGAUGGAGGUAGGCGGCGGGAACCGGGAGCCAUCGCCGAACCACUCCCGCAACCGGGCCGCGCCACAGCUCGAGGAGGAAGGCCCCAUGGAGGAGGAGGGGGCCCAGCCAAUGGCGGAGCCAGAGGGAGGCCGAGGCCUUGCCAAGCGGCCCAGCCCCGGGGAGCAGCCGGGCGCGAUCGCGGGCCCCGACUUCGACAGCGAGGACGAGGGCGAGGAAUUUGACGACUGGGAGGACGACUACGACUAUCCGGAGGAGCAGCUGAGCGGGGCCGGCUACAGAGUGUCCGCGGCCCUCGAAGAAGCCAACAAGAUGUUCCUGAGAACAUCCAGAGCGAGGGAAGCGGCCCUGGAUGGCGGUUUUCAGAUGCAUUACGAGAAGACCCCGUUCGACCAGUUGGCUUUCAUCGAAGAGCUUUUUUCACUUAUGGUCGUCAAUCGCCUGACCGAAGAACUCGGCUGUGAUGAGAUUAUUGAUAAAGAGUAGUUAAAUGCUGUUACAAGAGGAGGAAACUACUUGAGGAGAGACCCAGCAUUCCACUGUCUCUUGGGUUUAUUCCAGAUAGUUCCGUGCCAAUGAAAAACUUGGUCUUCAAAAAAAAUUUUUUUUUUGUUUUGCAGAAUUAGAAUAGGGCAGUGACUGCACAGUUGCGAAAAAGAACUGUUAAAGAAAAAGGAUCUUAGGACGGUUGAAACCUGUUUUCAAGAAUAUCCUGAAACACCUACGGCUUUGACUUUGUGGUUGAUCCAGAUUAUUUUCUUUGCAUUGGAGAAAAUUACUUCCAUAUUCACUGUAAGGAAUGGUUUUGCAAAAGUAAGUCGUGACCCAGACAAACUGACAGUACAAGAGCCCACUGACAUUAAUUACAUGAGAAGAAGUAAUAUAUCCAACUUAGGACACCCGAUGUCUUUAGUUAUUUGGACAGAAAGCCUAUUGAGAAAACUUUGAAGAUUCCACUUUGUGAUCUAUCCAAGCUAUAGUUAUCAAAGGCUAAAUUUUUAGUGUGUGAUAAAUUGAAUAUUCUUAGUAUCUCAAAAAUAUAAGCAAAACCCAAAAGAAAUAUGUAUCAUGUGUACUGUAUCUUAACAUGUUUCCAAGGGCAUCUGAAAUUUUAUUUGUACAUGUAUCUUGAUUAUUUACAAAGCUGUGAUCUGUAAUUCAAGAAAAUUCAUUAUCUUUACCAUUUUUUAAAAAGUCAAAAAUGAAAAAAUGCUUAGUAAAUUUUCCAAUUCAGACAUUAAAAUGUAUGGGAAAGUACAAACAAAACAAACUAUUUCUAAUACUUUCAUACCCUAGAAAAAUUUUCUGUUUUUGUUGCUCUCUGUUUUUCAUUUAACUUUACAGGUAAAAGACUGGUUGAACUUCAUAAUGAAAGAACUGUUAAGUGAAAAUUGUCAAGUAAAAGGAAGGCCCUACAUUUUAAAACAACUAUAUGAACAAUUAUGCCGUCAACCUUUAGAAGUUUUAAACCUUUCCAGAAAUUUCUGAAGUUUCCCUCUGUCUCCUCCUCUAAUUAAGCUUGUUAUUGGUUAUACACCAGCAUUUGAGAUAAUAAAAUUUCUUGUUCUGUGUA